ACAGUGAGAGUGUGUUGAGGCGAGAAGUUUUCUCAUACGUCAGUCCUACUUUCUCCUCGACUCGAUGACACUUUGCACAAAUGGAAGUGCUUUUAGUUUAGAAUUCUUUUCCAUUUAAUUAAUCCACUCUAAAAGUCGCGUUGUGUGUACUAACGAAGGUGGCACCUUUUGGUCGCUGGGUGCACAACACAUAUUGGAUGUUUUCCCGAUUAAAUUGUGAGAAAAACGUGUGUGGAAAAAAAUCAGUGAUGUGUGUGAAAGUGUAGGAAAAAAAGAUAGCCACAAAUUAACAAUGGACCCAAAUCAAUAAGAAAAAUCAACCAAAUAACAACAACAAAAGCAAAAACCGAAAACAACCACUCUCUAUGCUAAAAUGGACUAAAGAAUCGUCAAAAUAUUAAAAUACAUCACACUAAAAAAAACACACAUUUUUAAAAAAGAAAAAAAUACAUUAAAAAAGGAAAAAUCUUAAGACAAUUUCACAGAAGAACCAAGAAAAUAAGGGGAUAUUUUAUCCAAGGAAGAAGUCAUUUAUUUGAAAAUAUUUUUUUAAUUUUUACUACAAAUUUAUAUCCAGAAAGAUUGCAACUGAGGAAAUUCUUUCUGCAUUGAAUCAUCCACAGGAGAAAUUUUUGUAAUUAUCAGUUUUGGUUUGGAAUACAAAAGGGCACUCAGGGAGCGAGAGAGAGAUAGAAAGAGUGAGAAAGAGAGUCUAUGAGACAAUUUUCUGCACAUAAAUUAGUCUCUUGUGUCUUUUGCACCUCAUCGGACGCAAAUUAAGUCGUCCCCGGAAAGUAUUUUAUUUCUCCGGAAGUUUAUUCUGCAGAAUUGAUUUCAAUUUUAUUUGGCAUAGAAGAGAAGUGUUGAAAAGAAAAGAGCUCUCAAAGAGGAGGAUUGUGAGAAUUUUACCUUUUGCGGAAAAAGAAAGAAAAGAAAAAAAAACCCUCUUGUAAGAGCUAGAACUUGAAAAUGUUGUCAAAAAUGAAAGAAUUUACUUGGAUGAUGGAUCUCUGUGAAUUUGGGCAAGAUGAGUAGGAGCAAGUGGUUGAAGGGUGAAACGAAAAGUGGGGGUUGUCAAGACACCACCAUUUGCCACUUUUUGUGCCAGCAUCCGCCUGGCCAGGAAGAACUUGAGGGUCAUCGUGUGCUGGAGUUGAACUCUGCCCACACUGACUCACUCGAGUGGCAAUUUGGGAAGAUCACGACACGUGAAUGACAUUCUAUUCAGUAAUUAAGGAAUGAAGUAUCCCCAGCUUGUGUCUGCUCGUGCGGUUAGCGCAAUAUCCGAUUGGCUCAUAUCGCGACUGGAGGAUUUGGGUGUUGAUGCACCAGUUGUCUAUUCUCGCUUGCUCCUAUCACUGCUUCACACGCCAUUGCAAGUGAAUGCCUUGGAUUUGGCCGAAAUUCCCCAGCUCAAGGGGUGGUUAUCUCGAAAAAAUCGUCGUCUAACACCAUCCGAUGCAGAAGCAUUGAAGAAAUUUGCUGCCGUUGAAAGUUUAAUGGAGGUCGCUUCAUCUGAUCAACAGAAAUCAAAUGUUGAGGAUUUGGUGAAUGAACUUUGCAAGAGACUUCGUGAGAUUGAGAAUCAAAAUUCAUCAGACUUUGAGGAAAGUGUUGAGAUGGAGGCUAAAACUAUAAACGAUACGACGGCAACAAAGGCAGAAGAUCCAACCAAGAGAUACUAUCGAGCUUUUCCUGCUCUGUCCAAUCGUCACUUUGGCGACGACGGUGCAGACACUGCAACCAUGUCGUCGUCACUGACGUGGCCAGAAGUGAUGGGCAGUGGAAGGGCUGGCGGUGAUGGUACUGGUCAGGGUGGAGGUGCUGCCGAUGGUGAAAUCUGUGGCGAUUCAAGUGGUGUCCGGGGAGGCAUUGCAGGAGGGGGCGGAAGUGGAGGAAAUGCAGCAGCUGGGGUGAAACGUAAAACCAAAAGGCGACGCAAUAAUGGACUCGGCAAGGGGAAGUCAUCAUCAUUCACGAGACGUACAUCGACAGGUGGCAGCACGAAGACAUCGCUGUGGGACACGGACUUUUCGGGAAAUUGGGAAAUGGGUCACGACAUGAUCCGUGACUUUAUCAUAAAGCAGAAUAAUCGCAACAGGAGCAUCUCUGAGAGUGAUGCCAGCAAGUUUGUCAAGAUAAAUGAUUUUAUGCAGUCACCAGACAUGGCCCAGAAGAAGCCCCCUCCACCGCCGCUGCCACUGAGCUGUGGCGAGAGGAAGAUGAAUCAAGUUCUGAUGCGCGAAUGUACCGAUGAGGCAUUCAAAUUGCCCAAAGGGGUCACGGUGAAUGAGGAGCAGACGAUGCUGAUUAAGAAUAUGCUGCAAUCGUCAAAGAGUGGAGAAUUCCGGAAGGAAUUGUCUCUGGUGAAUUUUGAUCCUGGUCAGGUGGAUGAGGAGGAGGAAGAGGAGGAAGAGACAUUCGAUCAGAGAUCAGAAAUGUCACCAUUUUUUGCUUCCUUCGACACAAAUACCCUUCUCUUUGGCAGCAAUAUGAUUCGGGAUGAGGGUUAUGCCACUCCGGACACCCUGACGUCCACAUCGGAAGUGGAGAGCACUUCAGCAGCGCCCCCGAGGCGUCUGUAUGAACGUGAAGUGUCCAAUGAAUCACUCAACAGUUGCCUCCAGGCGCCUCAAAAUACCAAAAGCGAUGAUGACAAUAUUGCUCAGUUUGAGGCGAAGUUCAACAAGAGCAUGGAAGCAUUGUGGGAUAAUUCGGGGCAUCCACCGGUCACCAGCACAAAUUCCUUCUGGCACAAUUACUACAGGCAUCACUACGAUGAGGAUUUGGCCACUGGGAAGGAUGUUGCAGCUGGUGCAGUUGAUACAGUGGAUUCUGGAUGGCCGGCAAAGAUUCCUUCGCUCACGGACAUGAUGGAGGCCAAGAAGAACAGCACAACUGAUCUUCAGUCCAUCUGGGCAGCUCCGGAAACUGCAACAACUUCCACGUCAUCAUCGCAAAUUUCAGCUCCUGCUGCUACUGCCCUGGACAAUGCCUGGCCUGCAAGGUACCUCGAGACGAGCAAGAGAGACACGCUGUCAAAGUUUGCUCCUGAGCCAGAGAUGAAUGUGAUGGGAUAUCCCUUGAGUGAUUUCAUUGGCCUCAGUAAGUGGUCCGAUCAACCGUUUAUGUGUGACGAAGAGAAUCGUCGUGUUGAUCAGUUCUAUGAGGAAUGCAAAUCCCUCCCAAUCACCUAUGCCAAUUACUCCCAGGCCUUCACACCGGGCGCCUCAUUUGGCACUGAAGUAACUGCCGAUGCCAGGGAUGAUGAAGAAGUCCCGGUGUCACUGAUCAAUCACUCCAAGGACAGUUGCUUCACGGUGGUCAAGAAGGGAGGCGGAGUACACCACAGUUCGGCCUUCCGUGGGCAAAGUGGCAAGUUCAAGGGAUUCAUUGGGAGCAGCACGGGCACUUCGGCAGCCAUUGGAGACAAUGAGAAUCUCCUGACGUCCGAUCGAACCCAUUUUAGGCCCAUUAAGCAGACUUUUGUCGAUGGCUUCAUCUUCGAUAUUCCCUGCACACCGGACAAUAUUCGGUAUGAGAGAACGGACACGGGAUCGAUGUAUUUUGACUCUGAGCGGUAUAUGGAGUAUUUGGGCAAGGAGGAUCACGGUGAGGAGGGGGGAGAAGGAGACGAUGUUGGGCUGGAGGAGAAGAAAAUGGGACAUUUUACGUUGAAAUUCUGCGUGAGGCAGAUUGAAAAGUGCUGCCAGACGGAAGAUCGUUUGCUCUGUCUCAGUGCCAAGAUGUUUGCGGAUCCGAUGGCAUGUGGGCGUUUCAGGGAUGUUGGAGAGGAUUCGGAUGUGGACAUGACUCCGGACAUCUUUAGCAGGGGACAUCCUUUUGGAUGGGAUGACGAUGAUGAUGAUGGUGCAGACAAUUGCGAUGAUUUGGACUUGUUCCGGGCAUCAGGAUUUCACUUCCAGCCCAUGGGAAGGUGUCUUGGAGGGGGAGGAGGAGGAGGAGAAUGUCUUGAUCUGGACAAUUGGACAAUGGCCGAGAUGAAGAAGAACUGUGUGGACAACAAUAACAGUCACACACUCUGGGGCCAUUGUGCUGCAUGUAACAACAGCACAAUGUCUCUUCCGGCAAAUAGACUCCUCCGGGAUGAACUGUAUGCCGAUGGAGAGGAGAUUCUGUCGGAUCUUAAGUACAUGCAGGACCUCUACAUUGGGGAGGGUGAAGAGGAGUCUGAGUGGGAGGAUGAUGAGGAAUGUGGAGGAUUUGUGGCAAAGUGUCCGGAGGAUUCAGCCAAAAAUAUCUACUACAAUGUCAAUAAGCUCAUUUCGGAUCUCCUCAGACCGGAAACGGUGAAGACACUGACACAGGUACUGGGUGAGCAGAACCAGAAGACUAUCAUGGAGGGCAUUCUGUCGGACAAGGAUGAAACGUAUUGGAGAUCGAAGACACGUUUUCCACCAGAAAAUCCACCAACUCUGUGGAGUGAAUGGAAGGAGAAUCAAGCUAUGGAACGCGAUGAGAUCUCCUACAAUAUUUCCGAUGAUCAUCUCAAGAGUCUCAUGGGAAAUCAGCCGGGAAAUAGUGGUUUUCAGGUAGGGAAAUCACGUCCGGAUAGGAAGCGUCGUCAUUCGGCUUCGCAGAAUCUUCCUGAGGAUUUUUCUUCAUGUUUUCCACGGAAUAAAUUCCAUGGGAAUGCCAUGCUGAAGGAGUCCUGGGACAAUUUUGAUCAUCAUUCACCUGGCCAGGGUGAAGCCGGUGCUUCUGCCUGGCAGGCGGCUCCACAGAUGGUGGGUAAAUUGUCCGGCAGAAAUGCCCUCAAUGCUUCAUCGAUUUUCAAUCGAGUUACAAUGGUAUCUCGCCCACUAACCCGUUAAAAAGUCUAUCUACUCCCUGGAAGUGUCCUACCCAUGUCCGAUGGAUUUGUCCAUGUCCUCUGUUUUUGCCCUUUUUAUCCCUUUUUCUAAUCUCCCCGCCCUUGAUGAAAAGAAAAAAAAGAAAAGAACCACACGAAGACGAAAACCAACCGCCUGAUCAGGAAUAAUGGAGCCGAUUUUGAAUGUUGUUUUUAACCGCGCGCGCGAAAAAAAGGAUUUUUUUGUCAUGUUAAAAAAAAUUCACGUUGUUUGUGUUUUGAGAAAUUUGUUUGUUUGCAGCAGGAUUGAGCAGGGUGAUUUGCAAGAGAAUUACUAGGAAAGAAAAUCACCCUUAGAAACAUUUUGAAGAAAAAAAAAGAUACAUAAAAUAUCCCUAUAAAAAAACGUCCUGCAGAAAAAAAAUCCCUAGAUUAUUGAUUUUUUUUCAAAGUGCAGGAUUUUGCGAAAAUGUAAUUAAAUAGAUGAUAAACUAUUCAUUUUAAUUAAUCAAAUCACUCUUUAUAGGUUUUUUUUUUGAGAGAGAAAGAGGUUUUUUAUUGAACACAAAUUCUAAGAUUAUUUUGUUCUUAAGAUUCCCCGAGACACACACAAACAUUUUUAAAAGAAAAAAUAGGUUAAAAAGGAGUUUUUUUUAAGGAAAGAAAAAUGAGAAGUCAUUUCAAAAUUUCCCUAAGCGUUGAUUAAGAUAAAUUGUUGUUUCUAUUUUAUUACAUUUUCACUUUGAAGUUGUCCGUGUUUUAGUUAAAAUUUCGCGUGAAACAGAAAGAAAGAAAAAAACACAAAAAGAAAUCCAAAUGAAAUAAUAAAUAAAUAUAAAAUAGAAACAAAUUUGUGACAAUUCCCUUUUUUUUUGACAAUUUAAAAAAAUUUUCCAGGAUGAUUUAUACUUUUGUGUGAAAAAUUAUCAUGCCAAAAUUUAGUGAAAUUCUUUCCAAUUCGAUGUACUUAUGAUGAAGAAAAAAAAAGCCACGAGACUUGUUUUAUUUUAUCCUGGAAAAAAGGAAAGAAAAAAAAUUGGAAAUUGUCGCUGAAAAAACAGAAAAACCCCUCCAAAAAAAAGUUAAAAAAAAACUCAUCUUAGUUAAAUGUUUUCACACAAAAUCCGACAAGUCAUUUGUUUUUUUCAUUGUUAAAUAAUUCACACAGAAAACAUUGAAAUAUUCUUGUUCUUCGUGUAAGUUUUAAAUAAAAGAAGUAUGAAGACAAGACCGUUUAAAUGUAAUUAAAUAAAAUGAAAAUGAAAUUACAUGUAAAAGAAACACACACACAUAUUACUUUUUUUCAAUAUCUUUUCAGAGUAUAUUUCUAUCUGAGAAUUUUUUUUUUUGGCUUUUUAGAUAAAAAGCAAUUUUCUCACAGUAUACUCUGAGGAAAUGAUUGAAAGAAUUAAAUAAAAAAACACAUAAUUUAAAAGAUUAAUUGCUAAGUAUUUUAGUGAGAAGAGAUAUGGAGAGAUGGACAAAUCUUUGGAUUUUCCGAAGAUUUGUCCCUGGAGUCCGUGGACAAGUCUUCAGACACAUUGAAGAUUUGUCUGCGAUGAACAAAAAAAAAAAAGAAACAAGAGAUGUAUUUUUGGAAGAUGGAACAAAAAAAACAUACUAGAAGUAAAAAACCAUUUUAAAUGAAAGAAAUACCUUUACCUUUUAGAAACAAGAGACAGCUGUAAAUUCAUAUAGGAAUAUUCAAAAUAAUUUAAGUCUUUUUGAGAGAAAAUUAUUCCAGCUGUCGCAAAUAUUUUUUUCAGCCCAUUUCUUUCGGUAAUUAAAACAGAAGUAACCAUCAAAAUCGAGGAGAAAAACGUGAGAAAUAUUCGUUUUUUAAAUAGAUUACAUCCCCAAAAUUAAAGAUCGAAUGUGAAAUCUCAGGUUUAUAUAAACACUGAGAGAAAUGCGAAAAAGUUAAAAUAACAUUCCAGAAAUGUUUAUUUUACCUUGCGUUAUUUAUCCGAAAACGGUGUAAAUAUUAUGCUUUUUAGGUGUAUCAGGGGUUAAAGUUACCCUUUUUCAUGUUAAUUUUACCCUUAAAAAGGUUUAAAAUUAACAUUAAAAAAUGUUGAUAUAUUUUUACACCUAAAAAGUGUUAGAGUUAGGAGGAAAAAAGUUAAUCGCACCCGCUUUAACAUUUUUUUCUCAGUGAAGGUCUGAGAAUGUUUAUGGGCAAACUUCAACUUAAAAUUGUCUCUGAAGUGCAAAAUCGAUCGACUAUUUGGCACCUAAUAGCAGUUUUGGCAAUUCAGUGAGAUACAAUUUUUAUAGGGCUCUCCAUGGGACAAUUCCAUGAUAAGUCUUGUGGAAAAAUUGUAUAUUCCAUCCAAAUCUUCGCCACUGUGAAACAAACAACAAACACUAGGCUGGUUGAGGAAUUCUGAUGAUUUUCCACAGAAAUCCGUGGAAACUUCCUCAGUUUUGGAAUUUUAUGGAAUGUUGCACUAAGGAAUUAGUCGAUUUCUUUUUGAGUUGUUUUUUCAAGAUCUCGUUUAAAACUCAAAAUUCAUUUUGUGUCGUUCUGACAAUAAAUCCCAAAUUGAGCAGCUUUCUGGCAAAGCAUCUUCGAAAUUCUUUAUAGGGCUACCCCUAUAAAUUUUAAGGGGUUAGUCGAUUGAUCCUUAAGUUUUUUCUUAUCGUCGAAUAAUUGACACAGACAUCGUCGAAUAAAAUUCAUUUUUUGUUUUUCUUACAUUAAACGCCAUAUCGAACGAUUUUCUGACAAAAGUAACUUUCAAUAUUAUUUAUAAGGGCGCCUCUUUAUUGAGGAAUUCCUAUGAUAUUCCACAGAAUUCCAUGGAAAUUUCCUCACUUCUUUGACUUUGUGAAACUCUGCGCAAAAGGGUUAAGUCACUUGAUCCUUGAAAAAUUUUUCAAAAUCUCGUUUAGGAUUCAAAAUCCGCUUUGUAUGUUCCUGACAAUAAACGCCAAAUCGAGCAUCUUUCUUCGAUAUUCUUUAUAGGGACGCCCCUAUAAAUAUUUAUGCCACAUGAACCAAGUUUUUUAUGCACAAUAAUCGAACAAUUGCAGCAUUUACAUAAUUUUUCCAUGGAUUAUACGAGGAAUUGCGAUGAUAUUCCACAGAAUUCCGUGGAAAUUUCAUCACUUCUGGAUCUUUGUGGAACUCUGCACAAAAGGGUUAAGUUACUUGAUCCUUGAAAAGUUUUUCAAAAUCUCGUUUAGGAUUUAAAAUCCGUUUUGUAUGUUCCUGACAAUAAACGCCAAAUCGAGCGACUUUCUUCAAUAUUGUUUAUAGGGACGGCCCUAUAAAUAUUUAUACCACAUGAACUAAGUUUUUUAUGCACAAUAAUCGAAUUGCAAUGAUAUUCCACGGAAUUCCGUGGAAACUUCCUCAUUGUUGGGGCUCUAUAUACCAAUUCUCUAAAGGGUUAGUCGUUUGAUACUUGACCCAGUUAAAUAUCGUUCUUCAUUCUGCACUUUUCCGUAGACAUUUGAAUCAGCAUUUUUCGAUGGCUUUAGUACAGUUAAUUUUGCCUUUGGAAGACAUUUCAGAACAUUGCAGAAUUGCCCCGAAUUACCCCUUUGGAAUUCUGAAGAAUUUUUCCACUAGAGAUUUGUUGAAAUUCGUUCCAAAUCGAACUUUCAAUAUUUUUUAUAGGGAUACCCCUAUAAAUAUUUAUGCCGCACUUCAGUCGAGCACUCCCAGCUUUUGCAUAAUGUUUCUCAAUUAUGGAACUUUAUGGAGCUCGUAAACGUCAAGUGCCAAAUAAUGCUCAUUUGGAUGUCGUUAUCGUCAAACGACAAAUCGUACGACUUUCGGAUGUGUCGAUCGACAUCUUUUAUAGGGAUAUCCCUAUAAAUAUAACCAGUUGUUGCUGGUUAUACUAAUUCUAGCAGUUUGACAUGAAGAUUUCACAGAUUUUUAGCGGAAAAUUUAGCUAAUUCCGUGGAAUUUGCUACAAUAUUUUCACAAAUGCAAAUUUGUGGAUAGGCUCCAUGGAAGAAAGCGGACAUUUUUUAUGAAAUGUCUUUAGGAUUCUAAAAUAAAUAUUAAAUCUAUAAAGUUUAGAUCUUCAGGAAAUUAUUAUUAAAUAGUUUUUCGAUAAAUUUUAAACAUUAAAUACUAAAUUGCAGGUGUACAUAUUUUUCUCAAUUCAUUGAAUUUCAAUUUUCGUGCAGUGUCUUUUCUUUUUUAGCAAUUACUGCUAGAAAAAUCCUAAAAUGGAGAAACAGUCAAUAUCCAGAUUUGACAGAAAUAUCUUGGGCAGAUCAUUUAGAGGGCUCUGUUUGCCGUUGGAUUUGAACGGAGUAUUAUGUCAAAACUGCUAGAAUUAGUGUUGCCCAGUAGCUUAUAAUUCCCCAUUGUCAGACUUACGUAAAAUAAAAUUCGCUGAGAUUCUGCAUUCGAUCUCAAAGAAACUAAAAUUAAAAUAAUUACUUUUUGGAAAGAGAAAGGAGUAUAAAGUGAGAUAUUUUACUGAUAGAAGAAAAAUCAAGGAAAAUAAAAUGAAUAUAAAAUGCCUUACAGUGAUUCUACCAUUAUUUAAAAACACGUUGCAUUCUUUUUUAUUUUAGAAAAAAUGUUCGUGAAACAGUGUUUCCCAAUUAAAAUAUAUUAUAAAAAAGAAAAUGGGAAAGUUUCUUUUUUUUUAUUAAUCCCACUGGGAGAAUCACCAAAAAAACUUUGUAAUUUUCCUUAAAAAAAAAAAUAAAAUGAAGCAAAUUUUUUAAAUUUUUAUAGGAAAAAUAUCCUAUAAAAAUUUAUAAAAUUUAUUAUUUAAAAAAAAUCGUUACGUUUUUCUUUAAAAAAAAAAAGAAGAAGUAUUUACUUGCCGAAUGUUGUGCGGUAUUCAGCAGCAAUAAAAUAGAUGUCUGAGUAAACACACUGACGUAAAGAGAUUUUUUUGAGAAGUGUGCAAAAAAAAAGAAUAAAUAAUUUGUAUUAGUUGCAAUGUCAUUUCUUUCGUUAAUCCAAAAAAAAAGAAAA